AUGGUUGACCCCCCAGACUUAUAUGGCCGAGACUCAUGCGUGGACCCGAGCGAACUGAGGCGAGCGUCGUCUCUGCAAGACGCGGCCGCGGCCGAGGAGACGCCGCCCUCCUCUUCUUUCUCCUACGCUGCAGCACACACUCCUAGAGCCAGCGGCGCCGCGCGCCACAACAAGCAACAACAACAGCAACAACUCUUACUGAAUGAAGACGACAACGCCGACGACGACGCGGCCGAGCGCUCGCGCCGCUCCUCGCACCGCGACCGAUUCAUGAGCGACGCCGAGCGCCUCGUGGCCAUGGAUCCGCGCAAGACCCGCGAUUCCUUCGCCCUAGUGGACCACCGAGAGGACCAGUGGGCCUGGUACGAGAAGCCCGUGGCCGCCAUCCUCGAGGACUUCCAGGUCGACGCCGAGCGCGGCCUGGACGCUGACGACGCGCGCAAGCGCCUCGCCCAGAACGGGCCCAACUCGCUCGAGGCCGAGAAGAAGGCCCCCGUGUACGUCAUCUUCCUGCUGCAGUUCACCAACGUGAUCAUCGGUCUGCUCAUGGCGGCGGCCGUGGCCUCCAUCGCCCUGCAGGAGUUCGUGGAAGGCCUGGCCAUCAUCGCCAUCGUCACGCUCAACGCCGUCAUCGCCACGAUCCAGGAGCACAACGCCAGCAACGCCCUCGAGGCGCUGCAGAAGAUGACGUCCCCGCAGUGCGUCGUGCUGCGCGACGGCGGCCGCCAGGUGCAGAUCCCGAGCGAGCAGCUGGUCACGGGCGACAUCGUCGUGCUCACGACUGGUGACAUUGUGCCGGCCGACAUCCGCCUCAUCUUCAGCUCGGACUUCAAGGUCAACGAGAUGAUCCUCACUGGCGAGUCCGAGGACGUGCUCAAGAAGUACGACGCCGACAUGAGCCGCAGCGAGAAGCUCACGGCCGACAACAUGGUGUUCGCCUCCACUUCUGUCGCCACGGGCAACGCCACCGGCGUGGUCGUGGAGACGGGCAUGAAGACCCGCGUGGGCUCCAUUGCUGCCCUUCUCAAGGGAGGUAGGGGCGCCGAUGGCUCGCGCCCCAACUGCUGGCGCCGCUUUGUGGACAAGUACUACCCGAAGAUGACUCCUCUGCAGCAGAGCCUCCACCACUUGGGUGUCGUCAUGGGAACCGUGGUGCUCGGGAUCUGCGUCAUUGUGUUCGUGGUCGGAAUGGUCCGAGACAACGCCGACCCGAAAAACCCGUCACGCCCCGUGUGGCUCAACAUGGUGAUGGUCUCCGUGUCGCUGGCUGUAAGCGCAGUUCCUGAGGGACUGCCCAUGGUGGUCACGAUUUGUCUGUCCACCGGCACGGCCGCCAUGGUGAAGAAGAACGUCCUCGUUCGCAAGCUCGCAGCAGUCGAGUCGCUGGGUGCAAGCUCGGUCAUUUGCACCGACAAGACGGGCACUCUGACGGAAGGCAAGAUGACGGCAGUGAAGAUGUGGAGUGACUCGGUUGUGUACGACAUCACCGGCACGGGCUUCAACCCAACCGGCGACAUCCUUCGCAACGGCGUGAGUCAGACCAAGGCUUCCGUUCCGGUGCGCACGACACUGCUGUCUGCGGUGCUGUGCAGCAACACGAGCUUGCAGCAAGAAGAGAGCGAGACUGGUGCCCCCUUGUGGGUCCCUAUGGGUAACUCGUCGGAGGCACCUCUUGUUGUCGCGGCCGCCAAGGCGGGUAUUUGGCGUGAAGAAGCUAUGAAGGCGUACCCACGAGUGACCGAGGUGCCGUUUUCGUCUACCAGGAAGAUGAUGAUCACAGUUAACGAGGUCUCGGCGGGUGAACCGCACCUGGACAUGCUACAACUUCCAGGAAUGACCAAGUUUGUGGCGAACGUCAAGGGAGCCCCCAACUACAUCGCUCAGAACUGCACCCAGCUGCUUCGUACGGAUGGAUCCGUCACGAAGAUGCACGAAAGCGAUCGCACCAGGAUCUUGGAGGCUGUAGAUGAGCUUUCGUCUCAAGCGCUGCGAGUUCUUGCCGUAGCCAUCCGCCCGCUGGACAUUUUGCCAUACGCCGAAGACGAAGAUGACAUUGAAGCCAAGUUUGAGGCGCUCUGUGCCCCGCUCAUCUUCGUCGGCCUUGUCGCCUCCAUCGAUCCUCCUCGAGAGGGCGUCAAGGAUGCCAUCAACACGGCUCGUCAGGCUUCGAUCCGUACUGUGAUGAUCACUGGUGACUACCUCAAGACUGCUGUGGCUAUUGCUCGCGACAUUGAUCUGCUGCAAAAUGGUGCCGAUACCGAAACGCAAGCGGUGGACUGUGGUGUGCUGCGCCCGCAUCAGAACGUAUAUCUUCCCGAUGCGGAGCUGGACGAAAUCACUAGCCAAGUGUCGGUCUUCGCGCGUGCGAAGCCCGAAGACAAGAUCGAGAUUGUGAAGUCUCUGCAGCGUCAAGGGCACGUGGCCGCGAUGACUGGUGAUGGUGUCAACGACGCACCUGCACUCAAGGAGGCUGACAUCGGUGUGGCGAUGGGAAUCACAGGAACUGCUGUUGCCAAGGGUGCCUCAGAUAUGAUCCUGACGGACGACAACUUCUGCAGCAUUGUUUCCGCCGUCGAAAAGGGCCGCGAGAUCUACGGCAAUAUCCAGCGCUUCGUGUGCUUUCUCCUAUCAACCAACUUCGGCGAGAUUACGGUAAUUUUCACGGCGAUCGCCGUGGGAAUGCCGAACCCGCUGGAGCCGCUGCAGAUUCUAGUGCUCAACCUGUUCGCGGAUGGUAUGGCUGCUGUGGCUCUUAGCCUGGAAAAGGGCGAUGGCACGGUCAUGUCUGAGCGCCCUCGCCCUCGUUCGGAGCACAUUAUCCAUGGCCGUCUGUGGGUGCUUGUGCUUUCAAACGCAUUCCUGAUCGCUUUCGGUGCAUUGAUCGUAUUUACUAUCGGUCUAUAUUGGAACUUCGAGAACGUUUUGCUGGACGAUAUCACCGCGGACAUCGAUGCUAAUAGCGGCGAAGAAGCCUACAAGAAUGUGGUGUGCUCGCGCUGGAUGGGCAUGGGCAAUGGAUGGCAGGCGUACAGCAAUUGCGGCGCUCGUGAUCUCGACGGAACCUACCUCUUCAACGAAAACAUCCGCUCGCUGGACUACUACGAGAGCGACGAACUCCUCUGCUACGGUGGCGACUACGAGUGCGUGUCGGAAGGCACGUCGCGCUCGCAGACCAUGGCGUUCAUCUACAUCACGACAAUGGAGAUGCUUCGUGCCUACACCGCCCGCAGCUUUACAAAGUCUGUUUUCAAGGACAUGUUCAGCAACAAGUGGAUGCAGAUGGCUGCCGUGGGCUCAAUCACGCUGACGCUAUCUGUGACCAACAUCCCUGUUAUCAUGGACGACCUCUUCGGCUUCGCGUACAUCGAGUGGUACGAGUGGAUGUUCUCGAUGGUGUUCGCGCUGGUGAUGGUUGCCUUCGGAGAGACAUUGAAGUGCGUCUACCGUCGUCGUGAUCGCGGAAAGGCUCGCAAGGCUGCUGAAGCCGAGUACGCGGGUAUGGUGGAAGAGAUCCGCAGUCUGCGCAACCACAUCGAGCACCUGGAGGGCAAGUGGGAGACUGAAAUGCAGCAGCUCCGCAUCCGUGUGGGCUACGACGAACCCAUGUCACAUUCGCCUAACGGCAACUCGACUCUCACGUCGUCUUCCUCGUCCCGCUCGAGUGAAGAGGGCACAGUGCCGCUAUAG